GAGCAAAGGUUGGAUAAUUUUUAUUAAUUUUUUAUUUUAAUUUUAUUUUAUUUUUAAGUAAAAACUUGUACUACGUAUUUUCUUUCUCUAACAGUCCCACCCCACUUGCCAGCAAUUUAGACCCACUUUAAUUCCUUCUCUUUGAAGCCCCCUUUUCUUUCGUAUCUCUCUCUCUUUCUUCCCAAGUUCUUCAGAGGUCUUCAUCGAAGUCGAAACCCUUUCUAACUUCGAAUAUCAAUCAAAAUUUCCCUUAUUUUUUUUUUUGAGGAAUGCACAACUAGAUGAUGAAGCCGCAGCAGCAAGCUUUGAUGCAACAACAGUCUCUUUUCCACCCUACUCUUCUUGUAGCUUCUCAGGCAGUGAGUGAUUCCCGAAAUCCAGGAGCUAUUGGGGGUACAGGUUCUGGAUCUUUUUCUACAGAUGAUAAUUCAUGUUUUGAUGCUUCUCAAUAUGAGUUCUUUGGUCAAAAUGUUGCGGAGGAGGUUGAGUUGGGGGGUCUUGAAGAUGAUCGAAGUGACCUAUUACAACACCCGUUGCAUACCGAUGAAUAUCACUUGUUUGAUAAAGAUGAGGGGCAAGAUGUCAAUUUAGGAUCUUUGUCAGACGUCGAUGAUCUGGAAACCACAUUCUUGAAGCUGAAUAGAGUUGUCACAGGACCAAGGAAUCCUGGGGUUAUUGGUGAUAGAGGAUCUGGAUCUUUGUCAAGAGAAAGUUCAUCUGUCGCAGAUUGGUCAAGGGAAGGCUGGUUGGAUCAUAGUGUGUCAGAUGUAGACAAUGCGUUGGAAAGUAAAAGGUGGUCAUCUCAGCCUCAUUGCUUGUCGAAUCAUCCUGGGGAAUAUAAACCCUUGUACAGAGCAUUGUCUUACCCAGAGCAGCAACUACAACAGCAGCAGUAUCUUCAGCAACACUUUUCAAGCGAUACAAUUUCAACUCCCAAAUCAUCUUUUACCUCUUUUCCUCCACCGGGAGACAGAGCUCAGCAACCUUUGUCUCAUCGCCAUUCACUUCCUGUAAAUGUCCCAUCUCUGAAUUCUGGUCCUGAUCUAACUCUCUCAGCAUCAAACCUGUCACAUAUGUCUGAUUCUAGUCGUCAUUUUUCUGGGAUUUCUAAUGCCCAUGGACUACAAUAUGGUGGAAACUUCUCAGGUCUUAUACCUGGCCAUGGAAUUAAUAACCAGCCACGAAGCCAGUGGAGCAACCAUGCUGGUUUAUUGCAUGGGGAUCAUUCUAGGAUUCUCAAUAAUGUAUUGCAACAACAAUUUACUCAUCAAAAUGGGUUACUUCGUACUUCAGCAUUGAUGUCACCACGGAGACAGCUGCAACAAGGACUUCGUCAGUCUUUACCAUCACUGGCACAAUUUUCAUUAAUGCAGUCCCAGCUCAUUGGUGGCCAUUCAUCGGUGCCCUCUCAUAUAUUAAAAAAGUACGACACAGCAUAUGCUAUUUCUGAGACGAGGGAUCAAAGGCCGAAAUCAAUGCGUGGUAAGCAUCAUCGAUUUAGUCAGCAAGCAUCCGAGUCUGCUAGCCAGAAGAAUGAUUGUGUUCAGUUCAGAUCUAAGUAUAUGACUGCUGAGGAGAUAGAUAGUAUAUUGAAGAUGCAGCAUACUUCUCACAGCAAUGACCCAUAUAUAGAUGAUUAUUAUCACCAGGCUUGUGCUGCUAAAAAAUCGUCGAGUGCGAGGCUGAAACAUCACUUUGCUCCCCUUCAUUUGCGGGAUCUGCCUUCACGUGUACGUAAUAGUGGCUCUGAUCAACAUGGCCAUCAAUCCUUUGAUACCAUAAGAAGGCUUGCCUUGUCAUCCAUUCGUAGGCCUCGACCUCUUCUUGAAAUUGAACCCCCUUCAUCAGGAUGCAGUGAUGGUAGCACGGAACACAAGUCACUUGAACAAGAACCAAUGUUUGCUGCUAGAAUUACUGUGGAGGAUGCUUUUACUCUUCUUCUCGAUGUACAUGAUGUUGAUCGUUUUCUACAAUGUAGUCCACCCCAAGAUGGGGGGUCUCAGCUUAGGCGUAAACGACAGGUUCUGCUAGAGGCUUUAGCUGCAUCCCUUCAGCUUGUUGAUCCUCUUGGAAGUGGGGGGCAUACAGUCAGUCCAGGGGAUGAUAUUGUGUUCAUGCGGCUUGUUUCUCUGCCGAAGGGCUGGAAGCUUCUAGUUAAGUACCUUGAGCUUCUUACAAUCAGCCCUGGCCCUGCAAGCGAGUUGGCUCGAAUUGUUUGCAUGGCUGUUUUUCGCCAUUUAAGGUUUCUGUUUGGUGGUCUUCCAACUGAAUCUGGUGCUGCUGUGGCUACUGUAGAUCUUGCAAAGGCAGUUUCAACUUGUGUCAGUGGCAUGGAUCUCCGUGGUCUGAGUUCAUGUCUUGCUGCUGUUGUUUGUUCUCCAGAGCAGCCGCCACUCCGCCCACUAGGAAGUCCUACAGGCGAUCUUGCUUCUGUAAUCUUGAAGUCUUUGCUUGAACGAGCUACUGUGCUAACCAACCCUAAUCGACAAGCCCCUGGCAGCUGCAAUGUCCCCCAUUAUAAUUUCUGGAAAGCUUCUUUUGCAACAUUCUUUACUCUGCUAACAAAGUACUGUGUUAGUAAGUAUGACACUAUAAUGCAAUCUAUUUUGAAUCGAGCACAGACAAGUUUUGAAUAUUCGAGAUCAGAAGCAGCAAGGGCUAUUCGCAGGGAGAUGCCUGUGGAACUCCUACGUGCAAGUCUUCCUCACACUGAUGAUCACCAACGGGGGAUGUUGAUGGAUUUUGCUCACCAAUCUAUUCCAUUUCCUGUCACUGAAUUCAAUCUUCGCGAUGAGGAAAAUAAUGGCUGGAUAACAUCAGAAUCAGUCAAGAGCUAGGAGAAAUGUGGUUGACUAAGAUGCAUAGCUGUGUGGUUGGUUGCAACAUGUAUGAGAGGGAUGACAUGCAUGAAAUCAGGAGGGUUCUAUAUUGUUUUCUCUAAAGGGCUCCCUCUUGUGGGGAAGAAGUCCUACAAGUGCCAUCUGGUUUUGUUAAGGUGGUGUACUUGUAAGUUGAAAGAUAAAGACUUGUGUCAAGUCACAAUUAUCGCCUAUUUGAACGAACAAACAAGUUUCCCAAAUCCCGAUUGUGUAUAAUUUAGAAAAAAAAUUUGAAAAAGUUGAAUGUGGUUGAUAUAUUGUGGUGCCUCCUCUUGUGCAGGGCCUUAUUUUAGAAGCUCUGUUGGAACCCUUAGGACAGAACUAGCAGCGUAGGGGUUUAAUUUGUACAGAAUGUAACCAAAUUGUAUUUCAUUAAGCCUUUCUUAUAGAUUGUUUGACUAUGUUGCUAUUGUUUAAAAGAAAGGGCCAGUGUAAUAGUCUUAAGCCAGCAGCCCAACGUACUAUUGUAUUUAGGUUGCAAUUGUUCUUGUCCCACCUAUUUAAAGGUUGGAAUGUUUGCAUAUUACAAAGACUUUAGUAAAGAUCGUUACUGGUGUAAAA